AUGGACCACAAAUUCCGUAUUGGAGUCGACGUAGGAGGAACGAACACCGAUGCCGUUCUCAUAUCCCUUGACCCCAUCUGCGUUAUCGCUUCCCACAAAGCGCCAACGACACCAGAUGUUACAACCGGCAUCACAAAUGCCGUUCGAACAGUCAUCAACGCAUCGAAUAUCUCACUCUCCGCCAUCGGAUGCGUGAUCAUCGGUACAACUCACUUCGUGAACGCCGUUGUCCAACGCGCACCCUCAUUGCGACGCGUGGCAGUCAUCAGACUAUGCGGCGGUUCCGAAGAGGGAUUUGGGCGCGGAAUACCUCCGUUCAUUGACUUUCCUUCAGACCUUCGAGCGUGCAUUGAGUCACCUCAAAUAUUCUUUUGCAAUGGAGGAUAUCAGAUUUCAGGAACGGAGAUCAGCCCUUUGGAUGAAGCAGAGAUUGAGCGUAUAGCCCUCGAACUGGUCAAAAACAAUAUCUCGAAUGUUGUUAUUUCGGGCAUGUAUGCUCCAUUGAACAACUUGCAGGAAAUAAAUGCAAGCGAGGUUCUGUCAGCGGCUAUGGCUAAACAUUGUUCAUCGAAAUCGAAGCCAAGAAUCACACUAUCGCAUAAAGUGUCUGGUCUUGGCUUUCUUGCGCGAGAAAAUGCCGCUAUUUUGAAUGCGACUCUACGACCUUUGGCGGAGAAAACCAUCUAUGGGUUUCAAAAAGCCAUGGAAGAUAUCUUCCAAGGUAAUAGGUAUACGCUUUACUUGACUCAAAACGAUGGAAGUGUUUUGGGCGCAUCGGAGGCAGUGGAGCUGCCCAUUCGAACUUUCAACUCUGGUCCUACCAAUUCAAUCCGCGGUGGAGAGCUUCUUUGGAGGGCUGCAUCAGAGGCUGAAGGGUACAAGAAGGGCGAUCGAAAAGAGCCCCUUGUCGUCAUCGAUAUCGGCGGAACAACAUCCGAUAGCGGACUGUUGCUCCCAAACGGUCUACCUCAGAUGAGCUCUGUUAUGAGUCUAGUCGGUGGUGUCCGCACGAACUUUGCUCUCCCCGCUGUGGAAAGUAUUGGACUUGGGGGUGGUUCGAUCAUCCGGAGCUUGGAAAAUGGAGAUCUCUCUGUUGGGCCUGAGAGCGUGGCCCUGGAACUGCUCGAUAAGGCAAAGUUAUUUGGUGGAGAAUAUCUUACCUCAACCGAUAUUGUCGCUGCUUCUGAGGCCCAUUCGCCCACGGGCAAUAAUCCUUUCGAAGGCAUGGGCCAGCCUGAGCGCCUUGCUGAUGUCACGCCUGAGAUAGUGAGGAAAGCUCAAAUUGCGAUGAGAAAGAAGAUCGAGGAGCUUGUGGAUAGAACUAAGAUUCAAAAGGGCGACGUUGAUGUUUUGAUCGUGGGCGGGGGCGCGCCUAUCAUCCGAACAGAUGAGCCACUGACAGGAGUAAGCAUGGUUCGAACUGUCAAAGGUGGAGAGGUGGCCAAUGCUGUUGGUGCAGCUAUCUCAAGGGUCUCGGGUGUCAUUGACACGGUUGUGGACACAUCGAAUCAAAGUAUCAAGGAGGCUCAAGAUGCAGUGGUCAAGCUCGCUAUCCAGAAGGCCAUUGAGAAUGGAGCGAAGCCGGAGACCAUCCAAGUCGCCGAAAUUACCAUGUUGCCUAUUCAAUACGUGGAUGCUAAAGCUCGGAUUGUUGUUCGAGCAGUGGGGGAGUUGGAUUCUGUGGCCCAAGAAUCAUCAGAAACGCUGAUUGACAUUACAAUCUUCGACGAAGACUCUCAAGCGGCGGAGCUCGAAGAAACAGGUCCAUCAUAUCCAGAGGAAAAGGUGGACUUACAAUCCUACCGUCCCGAAAUUAAGGAUGGCCAAUGGGUAAUUUCCUCGACUGAUCUACAGUUCAUCGCCCAGGGGUGCAAGAUACUUGGAUGUGGCGGCGGUGGUGAUCCAUAUCAGGAAUAUCUCAAAGCAAGGGCAACAAUUCAUCGCCACCCUGGCACAGUCAAAGUUGUUUCAGUUGAUUAUCUCCCCGAUGAAUCACUAGUUGGCUGGACAGGGUGCAUGGGAAGCCCCGAGGUGAGCAUGGAGCGACUGGAGAACAACGAAUGCCUGCAAGCGCAUGACGAACUCAUGCGAGUAACCAGAAGCCCGCCAGUCUCUGGAUUUCUGGCACUGGAGAUUGGCGGCGGAAAUGGAGUCCUAAACCUGGGCGUAUCGGCGCAUUAUGGAGUUCCCUGUCUAGAUGCCGAUAAUAUGGGACGUGCAUAUCCGACAUUCUGGCAGGUCACGCCUAAUGUAUAUGGCUCUCCAAGUGGUGAUGCCUUGGUCCCAGCCACUAUUGCCAGUGGAGAUGGGACGUUUAUCACGAUGACAAAGUCUCGUACUGAUAGGUUGGUUGAUAAGGCUUUGCGGGCUGCUUGUGUAGAAAUGGGAUGUCGUGCUGGGAAAGCUGGACCGCCGAAGCCUGCUCGAAUCGUAAGGGAGCAAGCAGUUACCGGAACUGUCUCUCUCGCUUGGUGGAUUGGGCGUGCCGUGGCUCUAGAGAAGAACAUCAAUGAUAAGGCACAGCGCAUCAUCGACGAGGUUGGAGGCUCUGAGAGUGCCGCCAUCCUUGGCCAAGGCAAGGUUAUAGGUGUUGAGAGGGUGCUCAAGACUGGACAUACCUAUGGCGUCUUAAAUGUUGAUGGGACACUGAGCGAUGGGACCAAGGCUGCCAUUAAAAUUCCGUUUAAAAAUGAGAAUGCUUUUGUGGAAGCAGUCUCGAAUGGCCAGUCGAAGAUAUUGGCAUCAGUGCCCGAUCUGAUUGCUGUCAUUGAUGCUGAGACUGGUGCUGGCCUUGGGACUCCCGAAUAUAAGUAUGGGUUGAAGGUAUUUAUAAUUGCCAUUGCUGCCUCACCACGUUGGACAGACACUAAGAGAGGUAUGGAACUGGGGGGACCUGGGUCAAUGGGGUUUGAUGAGGUUGAGUAUAACCCUAUUGGGAAGUACAGCAUGCCCCGUAGCGUCAUUGAGGUCUUUGGCUGA